CGCAGUGCACUCAACAUGGCGGCACCCGUUCCUUCUGUACCACAAGUUCACAUUUAGCAACAACAACAACGUACGGUAGAUGAUAUUAUCGAUAUUUAACGGUGGUGAUGUCCAGACUGGCUGUAGUGUUUGGGGGUUCGCGUGGCAUUGGGCGAGCAGUUUCUCAGCUGUUAGCACAGAGGGGUCAUAGGGUUGUGGUGUUGUCUAGGAAUAAGGAGGCUGCUCAGGCUACAGCUGAAUCUCUCCCUGGAGAAAAACAUUUGGGUCUAAGCUGUGAUGUCUCUAAAGAAGAAGACAUUCAGAAAGCAUUUGAGACCAUCAGUAAGACCUGUGGCACUGUGGGAUACCUGGUUAAUGCAGCUGGCAUCAACAGAGAUGCAUUGUUAUUGAGGAGUAAAUCUGAAGACAUGCUGUCUGUUCUUCACACCAACCUGCUGGGCUCAAUACUGACAUGCAGAGGCGCUCUACGGAGCAUGCUCAGUCACGGAGGAGCUAUUGUCAACAUAGGCUCUGUGGUGGGUGUGAAGGGUAACUCCGGUCAGUGUGUGUACAGUGCCAGUAAAGCUGGACUGGAAGGAUUCACAUGCUCACUGGCGAAGGAAGUUGCUACCCGGAAUAUACGAGUGAACUUGGUGGCUCCAGGAUUCAUUCGGACGGACAUGACGGCAAGGCUGGAAAAGCAAGAAGCAGUGAGAAGAAUUCCACUGGGCCGUUUUGGGGAACCUGCAGAGGUGGCCCAGGCUGUCCUUUUCCUCCUGGAGUCUCCUUAUAUCACAGGACAGGUUCUGCUCGUGGAUGGAGGACUACAGCUGGCAUUGUGAUGAUUUCUGCCAGCAAAGCAUGUGAGCCGACUGCAUAUUUUUGCAAUGCUGAUAAUAUACAAUAACUGUAUUUACAGACUGCGUCAAAUCUUGGUAUUGUUAAUCACCUCCUCAUUGCUCUGUGGAAUUCUGAGUCACGUAUCAUUGUGUAAGAGCAGUUUUGGUCCAUCUGGAUUGGAUUAAGAUUAUUUUUAGUUCACUGGAGUUUUUGGGUUAUGGCUGCACAUUCCAUACUUGGGAUGACAGAGGUCACAGGUCAAUGUGUGGAGGAUAUGACUCGCUUUGUGUUGUCAUAGUUAUUUUCAGCAUCCAAAUAAGCUGUGCUACAUUACACUUACAGAUGAAUUAAACCCCUAACUCGUAUAAAAAUAAUUUAAGAAAAAUAAAAUGGGUAGACUAAUUAAAAUGUAUUAAAGUCUGGCCUUUUCACCAUCAUAAAAAUACAGAUUAUCAAAAAAGCUAAUUCAUCUUUGAGAAAUGUUUUUGCCAAGAGCAACUGGACUCAACCCAGACGCAGUCAUUUCAGAGACAUUUAUUUAUGUACUACUCAUAAACCAGAAGAGAAUAAGGAGAACAGUCCGUAUACAGGCACAGGUUGGCUUGGAAAACAGAAAAUACUGCAAGUAAGAAAGAACCUCCAAAUAUGUCUAUUUAAAGGGAAAACAGCUGUGUAAGAAAAA